UUCUCUCUUGCGCUGACGUUGCGAAGCGAGGCUUUUGCUCUCUGCAGGGACCAACCACCAAAGCUAUAGCUCAUGGCAUCUUCUGAUAGCGACCCAGCUGUUCUUCUGCAAUCAGUAGCUGACGACGCCUUACGGGAAAUACUCUACGAAAAUGCCCCUUUUCAGACGAUCAGCCAGCGAGAGCUGGUCAACAGCCUCGCUUCUGACAAAGCCCGUCGUAUUCGGCAACUCGACGCAGAGAUGGAACGCCUGACGGACGUCGUCUCACGCCUUGCGGCUGAGAAAGAUCGGAUCGUCCAGGAUCACCACGUCUGUAGCUUGGCCCUGAACUCGCCUAUCCGAGCUGUGCCAGCGGAGAUCCUCUGCGAGAUCUUUGAGCUAUGUGUCGAACGCACCCCUUGGCACGAGCAUCCACGCUCGAUCCUUGACUCCGCUCCGCUUGCAGUCUCGUCGCUACUCGUAAUGACUUGGACCUGUCGCAGGUGGCGUCAAAUAGCACACGGGACGCCCUGGCUGUGGCGAGAGCUGACUUUGGGAUGGAGGAUGAUCGAUCAUCGCUUUGCUGGCGCUUGUGUACGAGAAUGGCUGACCCGCGCCAAUACCCUGCCGCUUACCUAUACGGUCGCUGCCCAACUACGUUCAGAGGGCCUUCCGACCCGACCACUGCUCAUUCGGGACUUCAUCGGAACCAGUGUAGUAUUCCCGACGCAAAGAAUGCGGCGUUUGCGACUGGUUGGCUUUGCGAUGGACAUCACACUGCCUCUGUCUACCCUUCCGUCAGAUUCUUUUCCUUUACUGGAGGAACUCCAACUCGACUACCUCAAGGACCCAGCGAGCACCCCUAUACCCACGACGGCCAGGGGCACAGAAAUAAUCGCUUUCGCGGAGUCAUUGAGGUUCACCGUACUUCAUCUGGAAGGAUAUAUUCACAAGGGUGUCAUCGAGUCUCUUCCAUUGUCGCGCAUAACCUCCUUGUGGCUUCAACUGGGUUCUCGUGCUGAAGCUGCUCUGUCUUGCAACGUCCUGCGUCGAUGCCCCAACCUCACGUAUCUCCGUUUGCAUGCGGAGUAUGCGCCUCGUGACCCUCACAACGACAGCUCGCUCAUUACUUUGGACAAGCUAGAGACUCUGGGCGUCUAUGAAGGCGCAUACGAGAUCUGGGAAGUGCUCAGCACCCCUCAUCUCAAGAAACUCGAGUGGAUCGCGAGAAGUUGCGAGUUCAAUCACUACGUCUCUUCCUUCCUCGCACGCGCCCCUUGCCUCACAUCGGCGACUCUGGUCGAUGUCUUCAUCGAUGAUGUUGCCGAUGUCCGGGUUAUCCUGCGCCUACUCCCGCGGAUCGAGUACCUUGCUCUGCGUCGUUGCUCCCUGAGCCUUGCCCAGAUGUACGACUCGUUGACUGUCCGUACUGGAUCAGAGACGCUGGUCCCAUGCCUUCGAAGCCUGGUGCUCGAGGACAUUAACUCGUUUCAAGGCACUCCCUCGGUUGACGCCCUCGGCACCGUAAUGCGCUCGCGGCGGGCGAUGUCGGAUGCCUCGCCAGCACACCACCUUCGCGUUGAAUUGAACUGUCCCGACUUUGUGGAACCCGAUGACGAAGUUGACCGUAAACUUGAGGCGAUGCAAGAGGAGGGGCUAGAUUUACAUCUCUAUUGAUCACUUCGUGAGUCCCCCCAUCCGCGCUCUACCCAUCGAUCUCAUCACUGCGAUACUGAAGUCUACUGUCGAUUGUACACCUUGCGACCCGAGCUCCGAACAGACAUACAUCUCGACAGUCCUUUCCCUCCUGAAGACGACUCAGGUCUGUCGGGCACGGCGGCUAGCUAUGCACGGGAAGCCCUCGCUAUGGAGCGAACUCAUUCUGAAGUGGCGGCCCAUAUCUCGCGCGCCCUACCAUCACGAAUUGCAGGCGUGUAUCACGCAGUGGUUGUCUCUUGCAGGCGACUUGCCUCUUUCCCUAACGAUGCGGGACUGUACGAUCAUGCCGCCGAAUAGCACAUGGUAUCGCAAGAUACACUGCGUCCCCUCCAGCGUGCAUUUCGACGAGCCUUGAAGAGGGAGCAGGAAAAAGAGGAAGAAUGUCAUUCGUAAAACAUAACCAGAUGUUGAGUAGCGGACGAUGUGGGACGUGUCGCGUCUACGUCGGGUGGUCUAUUUCCCCUGCCGACCAUGAAUACUUCCCGGGUUUCCCUGACGAUGGGCGCGAAAGCCUUCGACAGAUGAAGGAGGAAGGACUUGAUAUCGAGACUGGGAUGUAAAUAAUGAAUACAGCCGCAUGUGGGUCUGAGGAAGUGGAGAGGAAGGAUCUUAGCGAGUGUACAGAAUAUCAAGCCUAUAGCAGGAU